AAGUCAGUCGUUCAGAUUGCGAAAUUGGCUUUAAAGUAGUUUUAGAUAUCAAAUAAAAAUGUGAAAAAGGAGAUUGAACAAAGAAAUCCACUACCAAUGUGAAACUUUUUUUUUUCAAAAUGGGAUUUUCAGAAAACAUCCGUGCAACCCACACAAGCUCUAAAGUUGGGACGGUUCUAUUGUUGGUCGUGGCGGUAUUCUAUGGUUUGGCCACCACAACGGUGGGCUGGGCUUUUGACCAGGAUAGUUCCGUCACCAUGCUGUACGGUUUAUGGACGAACUGUAGUUGUGAUGGUCUCCAGUUUGUAACGGUGACCUUUACAGGGUCGUGCGCAUGUCAAAAAUUGGAGAUAAAUGACGACAUAACAGGUUGGUACCGAGCGUUAACCAACAUUGCAUUGGUCGCCGGCGGUCUGUUGUUUGUCGCCUUUAUUUCUUCAUUAGCCGGAAUAUGCUGCACCAUGAGCAACCGGAUACUGGCAGCCACCAGUAUGAUUGUGGGGUUAGCAGGGUUGAGUAUGGCGACAGUCGCGGUCCUCUUUCCCCAGUACAAGCUUGACCCUUCCGACGGAUACACCUACUUCUACUCCUGGUACGCCUGUCUUCUGGCCGCCUCGGUGUGUCUGUUCGUCGUUACACCCCUGCAUUUCUACGGCUACCCGAGAAAGUUUGAAUCUGUGGCGCCUCUCCGCGGCCUCCGACGCUUGGGGCGGCCGACAGCGCGUAGGCGAAACAAAAUUGAUGUUGAACAACCAGAAGGUGGUCAGAACAGGAAGUUAAAUAUUCAAAAGAAGGUUGCGCCUCAUCCUUUGGACAUAUUUGAACAAAGGAUGAAAGAGAGUUGAUGACCUACACAAAU